AUGGCCUCUACCUCAAAGCCAGAGCAAGGUGUACAAUCCGACAUCCAAAUUGUUCCAAACAUCAGACCAGAUGGUCAAAAGCAAGAGCCUCCUUUCUUCCGCAGUACCCUUUUUCAAAUCCUCGUCGUAGGCGUCUGUGCCUUUUGCGCCCCGGGAAUAUGGAGCGCCAUGAAUGGCCUGGGAGUUGGCGGCUCGGAGAGUCCGGACCUCGUCAACGCCGCCAAUGCUCUUCUAUAUGCCUUAAUGACAGUCACCUGUUUUGCUGGUCCAUGGCUAACCAACAUUAUUGGCUUCCGGUGGACUCUUGCUCUUGGGUCGAUCGGCUAUCCAUUAUAUGCCGCAGGGCUAUACCUGAAUAACCGCACGGGUGCGACUUGGCUAGUAUACCUGGGCUCAGUGACAUGCGGCAUUAGUGCAGGCUUCUUCUGGAGUGUCGAGGGUGCAAUUGCCACGGGAUACCCAGAGCAGCAUAAACGUGGUCGCUAUAUCGCAACGUGGUUCACAUUCCGCAAUUUUGGCAACAUCAUUGGCGGUGCCGUUUCCUUGGGCAUCAACCACAAUGCAAACCACCGUGGCCAGGUUGGGUGGCAGACAUAUUCGGCUUUUAUUGCUAUCCAGUGCCUGGGAUUGGUUUUCGGUUUCUUUCUCUCAAAUCCCGAGAAGGUUCAAAGAGACGACCAUACCAAACUCGAGGCCCCACGCGGUAUCCACUGGCGCGAGGAAGCUACAGCUAUGUGGCGAUUGGCUCGAAGUAGAUCAAUACUGCUACUCGUCCCCCUAUUUUGGUACUUUGGAUGGAUACAAGCAUAUCCAGGUACCUAUCUGGAGACCUAUUUCACCGUGAGGGCAAGAGCACUCGGCAGUUUCAUGUCCGCCGUAGUUGGUACCAUUGCGACUUGGCUUGGUGGCUCACUGGUCGACCUCCCUUGGCACAAGAGUCGCAAGGCCAGAGCAGUUGCCACAUUUAUCUUGAUCGCAUUGCUGAAUAGUGCGACAUGGAUAUGGGCUGUCAUUAUACAGGAUGAAUACAGGCGGACCAAGCCUGUCUUGGACUGGAGCGACCACAGCGCCUUUGGACGCGGCUUUGGACUUUAUCUUUUUGAGCGCAUCAGUCUCGGCCUAGUCGAGAAUUAUAUCUACUGGUGCAUUGGCAAUCUGUCCGAUUCGCCUGGAGAUCAGAUUCGAUACAGUUCGUUACUUAGAGGCAUUGAGACAGCGGGGGUCGCUGUAGGUUUCGGGGUUCAAGCCGUACCGACGGCAUUGAUUGUUACUGCCAGUAUCAACUUGGCAUUGUGGUUUCUGGCAUUGCCAUUUAGCUACUACGCGACGCUGCAGGUAGUACGGAAGUUCCAGAAAUUAAUUCGGGACCACCAGGGUCUGGAAGAAGAAAGCGAGGAAUGA